AAUACAUCCAACAGAAUUACAGAUUGUUGAUAGACAGCAGCAUACUUUUUCUUAAGAUAGCAAUCACCGGUGUUACGGAUCCUAUUUCCCCACCAUGGCUGGAGUCCGACAUUGGGAGCAAGACAAAGAAGCGACCGUAUACAUCGGAAACCUGGACGAGCGCAUCACGGAUAGCCUAGUCUGGGAAUUGAUGCUCCAAGCCGGCCGCAUUGUCAACGUUCAUCUCCCCAAAGACCGCGUCACCCAGACCCAUCAGGGCUAUGGGUUCGUUGAAUUCAUCAGCGAGGAGGAUGCCGAAUAUGCUGCUCGAAUUAUGAACCAGGUCCGCCUCUACGGGAAGCCCAUCCGCGUAAACAAGGCGUCCGCGGACAAGCAGAAGACGGUCGAGGUUGGCGCGGAGUUGUUUGUGGGCAAUCUUGACCCAAUGGUUACAGAACAGGUGUUGUAUGAUACGUUCAGCCGCUUCGGGAGUCUUAUAUCUGCUCCAAAGAUUGCACGAGAUGAUGCGAACCUUUCUAAGGGUUACGGCUUCGUCUCCUUCUCCAACUUCGAAGCCUCGGACGACGCCAUCGCAAAUAUGAAUGGCCAAUACCUCAUGAACAAGGAAGUCUCUGUCCAAUACGCGUACAAAAAGGAUGGUAAGGGUGAACGACAUGGCGACCAGGCCGAACGCAUGCUCGCAGCCCAGGCGCGAAAACACAACGUGCAGCCCCAAGCACAGCCCUUGCCUCCGCAACUUGUCGGAGGCGGGCCAGGCGUGCAUCCGCAUCAAAUGCCCCAACCGCCAAUGGUUGACGGCGAGGGCACUAAUGCGGUUGCCGCUGCUCGAGGAAUAAACCCUGUUGCCGCUGCUGGUGGUCCACCAGAUUUUGGCGGUGGGCGGGGAAUCCCCAUCGGCAACGGCGGCGGCUACCAUCACAAUCAGCAAAUGCCACCAGCACAACACCAACAACAACAUCCCCAUCCCCAUCCUCACCCACCCCAACAUCCACUUCAACACCACCGACCACUGCCCCAUGCGCAUCAUCCACCUCCACCCCUUUCCGCUCCCCCUCCAGGUCUGCCUGCCAGGCCUCCUCCAUCUCAAGCGGGAUAUGGCGGUCCCCCACCGCAGGGAUUUGUUCCCCCUCCCCGCUUCGGUCAGCAGCCGCCACCAGCCGGCUUUGGUCCAACCCCGUCUGCAGCAGGUCCGCCUGGUGCUACACCGCCCCCGCUUCCUCUUGGGUUUCAGCAGCCGGGGUAUGGAAGGGGUCGGUGAUUCGAUAGGGAUUUCCGGGCUUAGUUACGUCUGUUACAUCACAAUUGCGGCUAUUAUAGUUAAAGGGCUCCGGAGACAGUAUGCUGUUCUCUGGAAUGCGGCUUGACAAAUGGGCAUCACCGGAAUAAAUGAUAUGUCCAUCGCUCUGGCCAAGAAAUGGGAUUAUAUGUGAAGCCAUUCCGCCGUCGUUAUUUAUGGACUUCUUCGAAAAUCGAAUGGCUCCAGCGCAUUAGAAAGAACACGGAUGGCAACUACGCGCAGCGCAAGGAGAGGAGGAAAUGCAGAAAUUGAUAGAUCCGAUGUCGACGCAUAAAUAACACGCUUGAUGUCCUUGGGCCCCAGUGAUUCAUUCAAUAGGACACGACCUUUACACAUGCACAAUACAUAUGGCUGUUCGAUAGGGCGGGAGGGCUAAAAAAGUGAGAGGUCAGGAAAAUAUAUAUGGAUGUAUAUACCUAGAUGAAAGCUAAACAUGGGGCGUUACAUAAUGUCCAUGGACUCGGUUCGACAACCGAAAACUCAAAAUGAAAUAAGAAAAGUUAGUGGACAAGAGACGAAAAAAACUCGGAGGAAGGAAAUGACGUUUUUCAAAGAAAUGACGGGGAUCCCCGUGGUCAGGGGAGCAUGUGUUGAUAGCUGUAGAUAGGAAAAUGGCAAAUGGAGAUUAUGUGAUAUUUGCCAGAACGCAGAUUGCAAAAUCAAAUCAAAGUUCAUCGAUGAUAUAUGG